ACAACCACAGCACCAGAUGUUUCCUUCCUCCACGCCGGCAGGGGGCGACACCUCUCCGGCCGACCCGGGGCCGAGGGGAUAAACCCUUCCGACCGACAACAGACGGUCCUUCCGGCUCCGGUCCCCUAACAAGUGCAAAGAUGCUGAUGCCCAAGAAGAAUCGCAUUGCUAUCUACGAGCUCCUCUUCAAGGAGGGAGUCAUGGUGGCCAAGAAAGACGUCCACCUGCCCCACCAUCCCGAGCUGACGGACAAGAACGUGCCCAACCUUCAUGUGAUGAAAGCGAUGCAGUCGUUGAAGUCCUGUGGGUAUGUCAAGGAGCAAUUUGCCUGGCGUCAUUUUUACUGGUACCUCACCAACGAGGGAAUCCAGUACCUGAGAGACUUCCUCCACCUUCCCCCUGAGAUCGUGCCCGCCACGCUGCGCCGCCAGACCCGCCCUGAGACCGCAAGGCCCAGGCCCAAGGGAAUGGAAGGCGAAAGGCCGGCCCGCCUCAACCGUGGGGAGGCUGACAGAGAUACAUACAGGAGAUCUGCUGCACCACCUGGUGCUGACAAGAAAGCCGAGGCCGGUGCUGGAGCUGCGACAGAGUUCCAGUUCAGGGGUGGCUUCGGACGUGGCAGAGGACAGCAGCCUCAGUAAAUUUCACUGUUUCUUUGUGUACAAUAAAGAAAAAUCAAAAUACAA